CAGGUGCGCCAGUGCUCAGAUGACGUCCUGCAGGUGCGCGAUGUACAGCCGACGACCAGACGGAGGGAAUCGAAGCGGCAUCACGCUGGCGGUAGAAAAACUUUCUGCGGGAACUUCUAUGGAUGUAGCGAGGCCGACGUAGAAGUCCGAGCUUUUCAAUGGUUCGAAGACAAGGCGGAGAUAAAGAUGGCUUUCCUGACUUGGGCCUUGUACCUGACCACCAUGCUCCCGAUGGUUACAGCUGCUUCUAUUCUGUCAGAUGCAGAAAUCUCCACCGAAAGUCUGGAAGUUCAGAAAAUUAUUGUGGACAAGCACAACAAUCUAAGGAAAGCUGUGACUCCGGCGGCAAGCAACAUGCUCAUCAUGCAAUGGAGUAAUGAAGUUGCAUCCAAUGCUAAAGAAUGGGCCAACACCUGCAGUUUCAACCACAGCCCUUCAUUUAAAAGAAAGAUUAGCACUAGUAAAUGUGGAGAAAAUCUUUACAUGUCUACAGAGCCAAAUUCUUGGGAAGAUGUAAUUCAAGCCUGGUUGGAUGAAAAUUUUACCUACGCUGUUGGAGCUAAGAAUGGGGAAGCUGUUGGACGCUAUACUCAGGUGGUCUGGUACAGGUCCAACCUGGUGGGCUGUGCUGUUUCUUCCUGUACAGACUCUCACUACAAGUACUUUUAUGUUUGCCAAUACUGUCCUCCUGGAAAUUAUCAAGGUUUACUCGCUGCUCCUUAUAACGCUGGUACACCAUGUGCUGACUGCCCACAAGCUUGUGAAGAUGGUCUCUGCAACAACCCCUGUCCCUAUAUCGACCACUAUAGCAACUGUGGUACUCUAAAAGAUAAAUUUGGAUGCUCUUCUUCUGUUGUAUCUUGGUGUCCGGCUUCAUGUAAAUGUAUCACAGAAAUAAAGUAAACAUGUUUAAAAAUAGGAAGAUAAUUAUGGCAAGCACAAAUACAUUGGUAUUAGAACCAAUAAAGUGACAAUGUAUAAGAGAAUAAUAAUGUGCUUUAGUGGAAAUAAUUAUGUCAUAUUUAAAUGUAGUAUGGUGUUUUCAAUCUUGGUUUUUUUUCAAAAUUACUAUUAAAAUGUUUUGUUCCUCUCCCAAAA